AUGAAGUACACAACAAUCGCUACAUCUGCUGCAUUUUUAACCACAGCAUUGGCGGCUACAGUCCCAUCGGCGCCAUGGACCACUUUGACCCCAACCGCAUCAAUCCCAUCGGAUGCCACCACUGACUACAGCUCGAGUUUUGGUAUCCAAAUUGAAACCGUUGAAGCAGCAUCUGCAUUGUCUACUGAUUCAGCAUCUGACCUUAGCAGCAAAUUGGAAACUGCUUCCGCGACACUUGGUAAAAGGGCUGUUGUAAGUGCGUUGUCGGAUGGCCAGCCAAAUGUUAGGUCUGGUUCAUAUUCCGUUUUGCCAACCUCAAAAUCAUCUGUUGCUCCAGUUGCUCAAAUCACUGAUGGUCAAAUCCAACACCAAACCACUGCCGCUGCUGCUUCUGUCGUGAAUCAAAUCACUGAUGGCCAAAUCCAACACCAAACCACUGCUGCUGCUUCAGUUGUCAACCAAAUUGGUGACGGCCAAAUCCAACACCAAACCACUGCAGCUGCUGCCUCAGUUGUCAACCAAAUUGGUGAUGGUCAAAUCCAACAUCAAACCACGGCUGCCUCAGUUGUCAACCAAAUUGGCGAUGGUCAAAUCCAACACCAAACUUCUGCUGCUUCAGUUGUCAACCAAAUCGGCGACGGUCAAAUUCAACACCAAACUUCUGCUAAACCAACUGCUUCUGCUGCUGCUCAAAUUUCUGAUGGUCAAAUUCAACACAAGAACUCCACCGUUGCUGCUGAAUCAAGAGCUGCCGCUGCCACUACCCUUUCUGAUGGUCAACCACAAGAAUCAGGUGCCACAUCCGACUCCUCUUCUGACUCCUCAAUUCCAAAAGCAUGCUCAUCAUCAAACAACUUGGUUAUUAAAUUGCAAGAUGGUGUCUUGACCGACUCACACGGUAGAAUCGGUGCUAUUGUUGCCAACAGACAAUUCCAAUUCGAUGGUCCACCACCACAAGCCGGCUCUAUCUAUGCUGCCGGAUGGUCUAUUUCCAGCGAUGGCUACUUGACUUUGGGCGAUUCAAAGGUGUUUUACCAAUGUUUGAGUGGUGACUUCUACAACUUGUAUGAUGAAAAUGUUGCUGCUCAAUGUAACGCUGUCAAGUUGAAGAUUAUCGACUUUGUUGACUGUUAA